AUGGAGGAGGUGGAGGAGGUGAUGGAGGAGGUGAUGGAGGAGGUGAUGGAGGAGGUGAUGGAGGAGGUGAUGGAGGAGGGGAUGGAGGAGGUGAUGGUGGAGGUGAUGGAGGAGGUGAUGGAGGAGGUGAUGGAGGAGGUGAAGGAGGAGAUGAUGGAGGAGGUGAUGGAGGAGGUGACGGAGGAGGUGAUGGAGGAGAGGUACAGAUCAAGGAGGGAGAGGAGCAGGUCAAGGAAGGAGGGAGAGGAGGAACAGGUCAAGGAGGGAGAGGAGCAGGUCAAGGAGGGAGAGGUACAGAUCAAGGAGGGAGAGGAGCAGGUCAAGGAGGGAGAGGAGCAGGUCAAGGAGGGAGAGGUACAGAUCAAGGAGGGAGAGGUACAGAUCAAGGAGGGAGAGGAGCAGGUCAAGGAGGGAGAGGAGCAGGUCAAGGAGGGAGAGGAUCAGGUCAAGGAGGGAGAGGUACAGAUCAAGGAGGGAGAGGAGCAGGUCAAGGAGGGAGAGGAGCAGGUCAAGGAGGGAGAGGAGCAGGUCAAGGAGGGAGAGGAGCAGGUCAAGGAGGGAGAGGAGCAGGUCAAGGAGGGAGAGGAGCAGGUCAAGGAGGGAGAGGAGCAGGUCAAGGAGGGAGAGGAGCAGGUCAAGGAGGGAGAGGAGAGGUCAGUCAAGGAGGGAGAGGAGCAGGUCAAGGAGGGAGAGGAUCAGAUCAAGGAGGGAGAGGAGCAGGUCAAGGAGGGAGAGGUCAGGUCAAGGAGGGAGAGGAGCAGGUCAAGGAGGGAGAGGAUCAGGUCAAGGAGGGAGAGGAGUCAGGUCAGCAAGGAGGGAGAGGAGCAGGUCAAGGAGAGAGAGGAGCAGGUCAAGGAGAGAGAGGAACAGGUCAAGGAGGGAGAGAAGCAGGUCAAGGAGGGAGAGGAGCAGGUCAAGGAGGGAGAGGUACAGAUCAAGGAGGGAGAGGAGCAGGUCAAGGAGGGAGAGGUACAGAUCAAGGAGGGAGAGGAGCAGGUCAAGGAGGGAGAGGAGCAGGUCAAGGAGGGAGAGGAUCAGAUCAAGGAGGGAGAGGAGCAGGUCAAGGAGGGAGAGGAGCAGGUCAAGGAGGGAGAGGAGCAGGUCAAGGAGGGAGAGGAGCAGGUCAAGGAGGGAGAGGAGCAGGUCAAGGAGGGAGAGGAGCAGGUCAAGGAGGGAGAGGUACAGAUCAAGGAGGGAGAGGUACAGAUCAAGGAGGGAGAGGAGCAGGUCAAGGAGGGAGAGGUACAGAUCAAGGAGGGAGAGGAGCAGGUCAAGGAGGGAGAGGAGCAGGUCAAGGAGGGAGAGGAUCAGAUCAAGGAGGGAGAGGAGCAGGUCAAGGAGGGAGAGGUACAGAUCAAGGAGGGAGAGGAGCAGGUCAAGGAGGGAGAGGAUCAGGUCAAGGAGGGAGAGGAGCAGGUCAAGGAGGGAGAGGAUCAGGUCAAGGAGGGAGAGGAGCAGGUCAAGGAGGGAGAGGAGCAGGUCAAGGAGAGAGAGGAACAGGUCAAGGAGGGAGAGGAGCAGGUCAAGGAGGGAGAGGAGCAGGUCAAGGAGGGAGAGGUACAGAUCAAGGAGGGAGAGAAGCAGGUCAAGGAGGGAGAGGAGCAGGUCAAGGAGGGAGAGGUACAGAUCAAGGAGGGAGAGGUACAGAUCAAGGAGGGAGAGGAGCAGGUCAAGGAGGGAGAGGAUCAGAUCAAGGAGGGAGAGGAGCAGGUCAAGGAGGGAGAGGAGAGAGAGGAACAGGUCAAGGAGGGAGAGGAGCAGGUCAAGGAGGGAGAGGAGCAGGUCAAGGAGGGAGAGGAGCAGGUCAAGGAGGGAGAGGAUCAGGUCAAGGAGGGAGAGGAGCAGGUCAAGGAGAGAGAGGAGCAGGUCAAGGAGAGAGAGGAACAGGUCAAGGAGGGAGAGAAGCAGGUCAAGGAGGGAGAGGAGCAGAUCAAGGAGGGAGAGGAGCAGGUCAAGGAGGGAGAGGAGCAGGUCAAGGAGAGAGAGGAACAGGUCAAGGAGAGAGAGGAACAGGUCAAGGAGAGAGAGGAACAGGUCAAGGAGGGAGAGGAUCAGGUCAAGGAGGGAGAGGAGCAGGUCAAGGAGGGAGAGGAACAGGUCAAGGAGGGAGAGGAACAGGUCAAGGAGGGAGAGGAGCAGGUCAAGGAGGGAGAGGAGCAGGUCAAGGAGAGAGAGGAGCAGGUCAAGGAGGGAGAGGAGCAGGUCAAGGAGGGAGAGGAGCAGGUCAAGGAGGGAGAGGAGCAGAUCAAGGAGGGAGAGGAGCAGAUCAAGGAGAGAGAGGAACAGGUCAAGGAGGGAGAGGAGCAGAUCAAGGAGAGAGAGGAGCAGGUCAAGGAGGGAGAGGAGCAGGUCAAGGAGAGAGAGGAACAGGUCAAGGAGGGAGAGGAGCAGGUCAAGGAGGGAGAGGAUCAGAUCAAGGAGGGAGAGGAGCAGAUCAAGGAGGGAGAGGAGCAGGUCAAGGAGGGAGAGGAUCAGAUCAAGGAGGGAGAGGAGCAGAUCAAGGAGGGAGAGGAGCAGGUCAAGGAGGGAGAGGAGCAGGUCAAGGAGGGAGAGGAGCAGGUCAAGGAGGGAGAGGUACAGAUCAAGGAGGGAGAGGUACAGAUCAAGGAGGGAGAGGAGCAGAUCAAGGAGGGAGAGGAGCAGAUCAAGGAGGGAGAGGAGCAGAUCAAGGAGGGAGAGGAGCAGGUCAAGGAGGGAGAGGAGCAGGUCAAGGAGGGAGAGGAUCAGAUCAAGGAGGGAGAGGAGCAGAUCAAGGAGGGAGAGGAGCAGAUCAAGGAGGGAGAGGAGCAGAUCAAGGAGAGAGAGGAACAGGUCAAGGAGAGAGAGGAGCAGGUCAAGGAGGGAGAGGAGCAGGUGUAA